AUUUUGAAUAAAUAUUUAAGUAUGUGAGUAGUGUGCAAUGUGUCAUUUUUUAAGGUGGUCUAGACGAGGUUCCGAUCCUACUUACGCCAUGCGUGCACCUGAUUGUUAAAGUUGAACUGCCCUGACUAUUAUUGCAAAUACGAUUCCCCUAUAAAAGCCUUUUAUAGUUUAAUGUUACCUCAGUAUCAAGUUACCAGACGUACAUUUGACUUCAAAAAAUUACAUUAUGAGCUGUAAAUUCUUGAUCGUUUUCAGUGUCCUACUUAUAAUAUUUAACAGCCAAGUGAGAUCCGAAACUAAAGCGAAGACAGAAGAGAAAUCAGAUGCUGGAAAACCAGUCAUAGAUCGUUCCUCUGCACACCACCACCCCCACGACCCCACGUUUCACGGCUUCUGGAAAAAGAAGUUCGUGUGGCGUCCACGAUGGGUGAAAACUUGGCAAGAGAAGAAAGUCUACGUCGCUGUGUGGAAGCGGAUGUGGGGGCCCGUGGAGGUCAAGGAGUGGGUGCCGGUGCCGAAGCCUCCCCCGGGGUGGAUCAAACAUGACGUCAGCUCCUACGUCGUCAAAACGCAUCCCCAUGUUACCAAUAAAUAGACAAAGCCAAUGAUAGUCCGCUUUCAAAAAAAUGCUGUGCCAAAACAGAAGUGAAACAUCGUAUGUGCAACACGUGACCGCAUAGCCCCGUGCCGUUUGAGUCUCCCGCUACGCUUAAGAUUCUAAACUUCAACCACUUGCUAGGCCUGUUAUGCGGCGACAUUUGUAAACAAUGAGGAGUCAAUAACACCGCAUAAAGGGCCAUAAAAAUCCUCAUGCGUACUUCUACGAAGUUAAUGUUAAAAAAUCGAAGUAGCCACAAAGUAGUUACUUUUGAGACUCAAAAUCAGCAAUUGCACGAUUAACUUAAAAUAGAUUUAAUCAUAGUGUAUAACCGUGUUAACACUUGGAAGUAGGUAUGUUUGUUAAGGAGGUAGCUGUAAUAACUUAUUUUUAUUUGUAAGUAUUUGUUUGUUAUUUAUUGCACAGCGAAAAUUGCGAAACAUUAAUUGCGAAGGUUUGUCACAUGAAAGUGUUUUUUAGAUUAAUGUAUCAUAUAUAGGUAGGUGCUACUGCUACCUACCUUAUAGGAUGAUAUAAGUCAAUAAAAAUAAUUUUAUAUUCGACCGUUUUUCAAUUUCCUGACUAAGUGCAAGUAGUAAGUGGUGUAGUGUUGUGUUCCUGUCGGUGAG